GGCGGCGGGGCGGGGCAGGUCUCUGUCGGUUUGUGUGGGGUGGGAACGGCCCUUACCGGGAGGAGCGUCAGCCAGCCGAGGAGCCAGGGCGCUGCUGUGGGACUCAGAUCCUUAAAUAAGUGCCUUGGACUGCAGAUUUCUCACAAUGACUAGUAGUGUGCCUUCUGAUGUGCUUGGUCGAAGAAUCCUUUGUGAUACAGAAUAUGCAACUGUGAGGUAUGCUGGUAGUGUUCCUCCCACAACAGGUCUUUGGCUUGGAGUAGAAUGGGACAGUCCUCAAAGAGGAAAGCAUAAUGGCAGCCAUGAAGGAAUACAGUAUUUUAAAUGCGCUCACCCGACAGGAGGAUCCUUUAUCCGCCCAAACAAGGCAAAUUUUGGUGUGGAUUUUCUUACUGCAGUAAAGAACCGCUAUGGAUUGAAUGAUGAGCAAGAUGUUGAGUGUGAGAAAGAGAAUGCUUUAGUCAUUGGAAAGAAGACUGUGGAACUUGUUGGUUUUGACUCUAUUAUAGAACAACAAAGUCAACUGAACAAAUUGGUAGACAUCUCAGUGAGCGAAUGUGCAGUGAGCCAUGCUGGUCAGAAAGAGGAAAUCAGCAGAACGUGUCCUAAUAUCAGGAGUAUAAAUCUAUCAAAAAAUCUGUUGCCAUCCUGGGAGAAAGUAACAGAUAUUGCUUGUCAAGUUCAGAAUCUGGAAAGUCUUGAUCUCAGUGAAAACAAGAUGAAAUUUCCAUCUGCUUCUAUAACCUGUACACUUAGUAAAUUGAGGGUUCUGGCACUUAAUCGAACUGGAGUAACAUGGGCAGAGGUUCUUCUGUGUGCUCCAGGGUGGCCAGCACUUGAAGAAUUGUACCUUGCUUCCAAUGAUAUUACAGUUUUAGAAAGACCCAUUAACGUUCUACAGACCUUGAAAUUGUUAGACCUUUCAAACAACCAAUUAAUUGAUGGAAGUCAACUGCAGCUAAUAGCAUAUCUUCCCAGAUUAGAACAACUAAUUCUUUCAAACACUGGAAUUUCUUCUAUACACUUUCCUGAUGUUGGAUUUGGAUGCAAGACUAAAAUGUUUCCGUUAUUACAACGUCUUGCAGUAGAUGACAAUAAAAUAUUGCAAUGGUCGUUUAUCAAUGAGCUUGAUAAACUACAAUGUUUGCAGUCACUGCACUGUCAGAAUAACCCUUUGAUGGGCACAGAGAAGAACCCAGAGACAGUGAGACAGCUUAUCAUUGCCAAAAUAGGCCAAUUAAAGGUUCUGAACAAAUCUGAGAUUUUUCCUGAUGAAAGAAAGGGAGCAGAGCUUGACUAUCGCAAAAUGUUUGGCAAUGACUGGAUAACGGCUGGUGGAAAUCAGAAUCCAGACAAAAACAGACCAAAUGAGGAAUUUCUUGCUGCUCAUCCUAGGUACCAGUUACUCUGCCUUAAAUAUGGUGCUCCUGAAGAAGGUGAAUUGAAACGACAACAGCCUUUCAUUCUGAAAAAUCAGCUGCUAACUUUGACAAUUAAAUGUCCAGACAAACCUGAUCAGAAACCCAUAGAGAAGAAACUACCAGAUUCUAUGACUAUUCAGAAGGUCAAAGGUUUGCUGUAUCGUCUACUUAAAAUUCCUGGUUCAGAACUGAAAUUGUCCUAUGAAAGUUCUAAAAUGGAAGGCAAAGAAAUUGAACUAGAAAAUGACCUAAAGCCCUUGCAGUUUUACUCUAUAGAAAAUGGAGACUCUCUGUUAGUACGGUGGUAACUUUUUUUAAAAUGCAACGUCAGAAGAGGAGCCCACAGGCUACCCCAGGAGAGCAUCUGCAAUUCGUGCCACUCUUCUUGUACAUAUUUAAUGUGGAUUUCAUAAACUGGGACAGAGGGCUAUUUGAAAUGAUGCUUCUAACUCCUGCAUGUAUAUUUUCAAUUAAAAAAAAAAUUGGUGCAUAA